AUGGUUCGAGGGAGAUUUUCGUCCGUAACGACGAAGCUUGCCCGGCCUUUGCUGUCGCUGGAUCGAGCGCAAUGCCGGGCUCACUCCUCGCUCGCUGAGCGCCUGCAGCAGGAGCUUACCACGCGCAAGCUCCCAUUGAUGUACGACUACUUACAUCCUCAGCCCUCGCAUUUGUUGAAUUUAACGCUAUACGACAUUUUACCGCAAUCCUCGAAUACAGGCGAGGCACAGACGAGUCUACCUUCAAUCACGAACCCGUCACCGUUACCUAUCGGCCACCACUUGAUCUACUUCCCUCCGCAGGUUACUUUGUCGCAAUUACUACCGGACGGCACAGACGUCCUUCAUACACCAGGAGAUCCUUUCAAUCGAAGACUCUGGGCAGGAGGGAAGCUCCGAUUUCCCGCGGGAGCCCCUCUUCUCGAUGGAAGUCGAGCCGUCUGCAUCGAGUCCAUGCGCAAUGUGACUGUUAAGGGACGGGAAGGGGAGGAGAAAGUCAUAGUCACUAUCGAGCGACGCAUCGGCACGGUACCGGAGGGGGAGUCAGAAGCCCAAACCUGGAGUCGGCUAUGGACAGAAAAUGAAGCCGACGCGGGGGAGUCAUCUGUCAUCGAGAAUCGCGAUCUCAUAUUUAUGCGGUGCAAGACCUCGGAGCAGAUCCAAUCGGAUAGAGAGCAGUUUGGCAAACCAAACCGAAUUGUCAAAGCUCCCUCCGAGGCAACCUUCCGUCACUCUAUCCUACCGACCAAAUCAUUGUUGUUCCGCUUCUCAGCACUGACGUUUAAUGCUCACUCGAUUCAUCUGGAUAAGAAUUACACACAGAAUCAGGAAGGGUAUAAAAACCUGCUCGUGCAUGGUCCGUUGACGUUGACAUUGCUUCUGAGCGUGCUACAGCACAACCUAAGCAGACUGAGUCUUCGCCUGGAUGGGUUUGAUUACAGGAAUCUAGCGCCUCUGUUUGUCGAGGAGGAAUUGACGGUGUGCGGUAGGCCCAAGAACGAUGGCAGCAUAUGGGAUGUGUGGAUUGAGGGACCCGAUGGCGGUCUGGCUGUUCGUGGAACCGCGAGGACCUGUAGUCUGAGCUAG